AGAGAGAGAGAGGGAGGGAGAGGGAGGAGAGGCAGAGAGGGGAAAGGGAGACUACGCACUCUGAGCUCAGUUCCACACAUGCACGGACGACACCAACACACGCAGCCACAGGGAGAGAGAGAGAGAAGAGAGAGAGACAGCGCCUUGAUCUCUCCUGCAGCAAACAGCUGGUUGGCUGUUUUCCUAGCGCUGUCCUUCUGCAGGUCACCCUCCGCAGGCAGCUCGGCCAGGCGGCCGCCGGGGUCCGCAGGAAUGAGGAGCAGCAUGUGAUCAGAGAGCCCCGCCCCUUCGCCCCCCACCUGACGGCAGGAUGCUUCUGCUCCAGCGCGCCGUGGCGCUGUACCUCCCGUGGUGUCUCCUGCUCGCGUCCCCCCGCCGGGCCGCGGCGGACGAGGAGGCUCACUGGGGAACGGCGGUGACCGAGAAGAAGCCCACCGAGAAGCCCGGCUCCUACUGGAGCUGGUCGCUACCAAAAUUUUCCGUACCGCUCCCAGACAUCUCCUACCUCGACCCCCGCAUCCUGAUGGGCGGGGGUUCGAAUGCCAGGGACGAUCCGGCCGCCACCAGCCAGCGGCCCCCGGCGUCGACCCCCACGACCCCGGGCCCCGAGGGGCCCUCGGCGUCCACGCAGCGCCGGAUCACGGCGCGGAGCGACAGCGACGGCGGCGGCGGCGGCGGCGGCUCGGCCGGGAGCACGCCGUUCUCCGCCGGUCCGGGGCGGACGGGCGCCCCCCCCGCGGACCCCACGAGCGCAAGUGACCCCCGCCGCCCCGAAGACCCCCCGGCCACGACCGAACCCCCCGGGCCCCCGGCGACGGGCCGUCCGCCGUGGCGGGGCCGCGGCCGCGGGGGUCCCUGA